CCAUUGACCGGCUUCAUCUGCUUUAGCAGCCGUGAGCUCAUCAGCCCGGGACGGGUCUGCUCCAGCGGGCAGGGGGAGCGCCCAGGCCCUGCGGUGGGGCGGGUGCAAAGCCGGCCCGAGGGGAGCCCCCCGCCCGCACACACCGCCCCGCAGGGUGCCUGGGCCAGCCCGCGGCGGGGGUGGGGAGCAGGCCGCUCGGGAGAGGCCGGGCCGGGCCAGGCCCGCUGCACGGUGCGUCCCCCCGCCCCUGCCCGGAAGCGAGCGCCCCGGCCGGGGUUAAGGGCCGCGGAGAGGUCGGGCCGCCGCCAGGGAGCACGCUGACGAGCUGUUGGGAGACUGGGCAGAGCGGCCAGAGAUGCUCCGGCUACAGAGGCUGAGGAGGCUGGCGGGGGCAAGCUGCCUGCUCCGGAGACGCAGCGCUACGUCGAGGAGCUCUACCAAAAAUGCAUCGUUUUCGGAAGUGCUGCAGCUGGAGGAUACAAAGCGCACUGGUGUAGUUUUCCCUCUGCAGGGUCUAGAGAGGUAUCUAGCCCCAGGUGUGAACACUGCCAGCUUCCGGACUUUCAACCCCGGCCUGGAUCACAUCCACAGGGCAGAGGCGCUUUUCAAACCCUCGGGCAGACACGUGAUUGAUUAUGUCAGUUCUGCUGUCCGCAUGGACCAUGCACCACAGCUCUCACAGCCUGAGGUGUGCUUUGUGGGCAGAAGCAAUGUUGGGAAAUCCUCCUUAAUAAAGGCCUUGUUUUCAUUGGCUCCCGAUGUUGAAGUCAGAGUAUCAAAAACUCCAGGCCACACAAAGAAAAUGAAUUUCUUCAAGGUGGGGAAAUACUUUACAUUGGUGGACAUGCCAGGGUAUGGCUACCGAGCCCCGCAAGACUUUGCUGACAUGGUGGAGGCCUAUUUACAAGAGCGUCAGAACUUGAAGAGGACGUUCUUAUUAGUGGACAGCGUGGUAGGAUUUCAGAAAGCAGACCACAUUGCCAUAGAAAUGUUGGAGGAGUUUGGGAUCCCUUACGUUUUUGUGUUAACCAAAAUCGACAAAGCUCCCAAGGGACUGUUGGUUAAAAAUGUACUGGAGAUCCAGGACUUCGCAGAGAAGCACACUCAGGGGUGCUUUCCUCAACUCUUCCCAGUCAGUUCCGUAGAGUAUUCUGGCAUCCACCUGCUGAGGUGUUUUAUAGGCCAUGUUACAGGAAACCUUCCCAUGAUGAAUUCCUGACAGCCACAACGGUCUCAUCCAGCACAACAGUGUUGACAAUGAAGUAGCAAGAACACUCUUUCCUGCUGUAUGGCUUCCUACCUGGAGGUGGAAAGGACUUGUCCUUUAAGAAGUUACGAGAGGAUGAUGCCUGCAAAGGAAGUCUGGUACACAAACUGCAUGGAGUUAUGUGGUACCUCUGCCAGGCGUAACUCCACGCUGUGCCCCAAGGGAAAUUACCCUAAUAUAAUCAAGCACCAGUGGCUACAAGCUGUGAGGGCUCUCCAUCAGUUCCUAGGAGAAAGAGCAGAUGAAGUAAUAGCAGGAGGAAAGCUGUGACUUUGUUAAUGGUGAGAGGAAGAGGACUGCUUUGUCAGCACUUGUUAAUGGAGCACGCUGCUGGAAGAAUUAGUACUUAGAUAGCAUCUAUUGCAGGGGUUCUCAAACUGGGUGUUGGGACCCCUCACGGGGUCACAAGCUGCCAGCCUCCACCCCAAACCCUGCUUCACCU